GUAUUUGCGGAAAACGUAUUGAAGAGAAGUGUUAAACGGCAAGCAGAACUGAACGAAACGCAAACGAGCACAAGGGACUACUUAGAAAAUCUAGAGUUGAUCUUUCACUGUAAACCCAACAAUGGCGAGCGGGAUUCUCGUCGCCGUCUCUCUACUCACAUCUCUUCUCAUCGCCAUCUCCACCUUCCUCGCCUCCCAAAUCCUUAACUCCCGCCGCCACCGGAAGAGGGCGGUCGGUUUCUUCCACCCAUACACCAACGACGGCGGCGGGGGAGAACGAGUCCUCUGGUGCGCCGUCAAAGCAAUACAGGAAGAAAUCCCCGAUCUCGAUUGCAUCGUCUACACUGGCGAUCACGACGCCUCCCCUCAAUCCCUCGCCGCCCGCGCUACCGAUCGCUUCGGCGUACAAUUGCUCCGAGCGCCGAAGGCGGUCCAUCUCUACAAGAGGAAAUGGGUCGAGGAGUCCACAUACCCUCGAUUCACCAUGAUCGGCCAGAGCUUGGGAUCGAUUCUGCUUUCCUGGGAAGCUCUAUCGAGCUUCACUCCUCACUAUUACUUCGACACCAGCGGGUACGCUUUCACUUACCCGAUUGCCCGAUUAUUCGGAUGCAAAGUCAUCUGCUAUACCCAUUACCCCACGAUCAGCUUGGACAUGAUCUCUCGCGUUCGUUGCCGGAGCUCCAUGUACAACAAUGACGCCUCGAUCGCUCGCAGUGGUUGGCUAUCGCGGUGUAAGCUAGUCUAUUACACGUUCUUCAGCUGGUUGUAUGGGUUUGUAGGGUCAUGUGCACAUUUAGCUAUGGUGAACUCUUCCUGGACUCGGUCUCACAUCGAGAAGCUGUGGCGAAUUCCUGAUCGGAUUAAGCGAGUCUACCCACCUUGUGAUACUUCUGGGCUACAGGUGCUUCCACUGGAAAGGCAAGCAGAAACUACUCCAGUAUUCAUCUCUGUUGCUCAGUUCCGCCCAGAGAAGGCGCAUCCUCUGCAACUAGAGGCCUUCGCACUUGCCAUUACUAGGUUGGAUGCUAUGCUGCCAAGACCAAAGCUACAGUUUGUUGGUAGCUGUAGAAACAAAGCAGAUGAGGAGAGACUACAGAAGUUAAAGGAUCAAGCUGUUGAACUGAAGGUAGAUGGGGAUGUGGAAUUCCAUAAGAACGUGAUGUACAGGGACUUAAUACAACUACUGGGAGGUGCAGUUGCAGGGUUGCAUUCUAUGACAGAUGAGCACUUCGGCAUUAGCGUAGUUGAAUACAUGGCUGCAGGAGCUAUACCAAUAGCACAUAACUCAGCUGGCCCGAAAAUGGACAUUGUUUUAGAGGAAGAAGGGGAGCAGACAGGGUUUCUGGCCGAGACAGUUGAAGAAUACGCAGACGCCAUAAUUAAAGUCAUAGAGAUGCCAGAAACUGAGAGGCUCAAGAUGGCUGGAGCCGCCAGGAGAAGGGCAGGCCAGUUUUCAGAGCAACGAUUUUAUGAAGAUCUCAAAGCGGCUGUUCGACCUGUACUCUGAACUAACUAACUCUUAACACAGUUGGAGAUAACGGAGGGAGUAGGAGUAGGUGAUCUUAACUGUAGUAGAAGCGAUUGAGUUAUUGUAUUUUGCAUCCUAAUUCGUCCCUCAUCUCCCUUUCCCCUUCUGCAAGCUAUUUGAUGAAGCAACCCCCUUCGAGUUGGAUAGCUUGUCUUACAUACUUUGUUGAACUGUAGAAACAGGAAAAGGAAAAUACCUGGAUAGUUGGAUUACACAAAACUUGCUUUUUCCCAUACCAUUAGGUUAAUCAUUCGAUUGGAGCCGAGCCCGAGUAAAAUUACUGCGUAAAAUUGUAUUCUUGUCGAGUUUAUUUCAGGUGUGAUUCCAAUGACGAAAAGGCAGAUAAUGGGGAAAGACAGAUGGUUUGUGGAACAAUACAGGACAAGUUAUCGGAGUUGUGUUCAAAGGGUAAUAUAAUGAUGAUUCCAAAAUCAAUUCUACUGGCAUCAUGUAUCAGUACAUAUCUGUGCAAGAUCAUUGGUUUACUUUUCACGGCACUAUUAUAUUCUACAACUGAUAAUGCCAUCACCCUAAAACUUGGGGUUUGCAAGCGAUGGUCACCUCCUUCCUAUUGCAGCGAUUGGAGCGGUGCUUAUCCUCAAAAACUACCUCAUUCCUUGCCUUCCAAAUCCUCCAUAACAUGCAAAAAAACUUCACCACCCGCGGAUGGGACGAAUCUCUCAUCAAAAAGCGACGAAAGAAGACACACUGUCGGCAAUGACUGCAAAUCCGCAGCCAAUCCGGCCUCCUCCCACAACAGCCUAGCCACUGGGCACUCCAAAAACAAAUGCUCAGCACUCUCCUCCGCUGUCCAGCACACCGGACACCGAGGUAGAACUAUCACUUUUUUCACCCGCAACAUUUCCAUCGUAGGCAAGAGCCUUUGCAAUAGCUCCCAAGCGAAGAAUUUCAACUUAGACUGAAUCGGGGACUCCCAAACUGUGAUCCACAACCCACGAUUAGAGGUGGCAAAUGGAUUGGAUUGAUGGAUUGGUGGAUUGGAUUGGUGGAUCCAUGGAUCAAAUGGAUUGGAUCUAAUGAAUUGGUGGAUUCAUGGAUUGGAUCAAGUGGAUUGGUGGAUUAUCCAUGAAUCCAAAUGACAUCCUCAACCAAGGACCAAUAUGUAAAAUGUAAAAAAUUUAGGUACUAAAAUGUCAUAAUGAAAAAUUUUAGGUACC